UUAAACUCAAGCUGUACAGUAACCCCAUAAUCACCAUUCCCAUUCCCAUUUUUCUCUUCAUCUCUCUCUUUACUGCGUGUCUGCGUGUUUUUCUUCUUUGUUGAGUCCAAUCCAAAAAAGACAAACAAGAAAAGUAGUGGUGUGUGGAACCACCCCCCACAAUGGCAGGAACUCUGUUUUCUUCGUCUCCAUCAAUGGUGGCAGUCUUUUCAUGCCUGUUCUUCCUCAUGAGCUACUCAGAAGCUGGUAGGGAGAUUUUAGUUGGUAAUAAGUCGGAUUCCUGGAAGAUCCCUCCUCGUCCAGAUUAUUUCAACAAAUGGGCUCAGAAUUCCCGUUUCAUCAUUGGUGAUACUUUAGUGUGGAAAUACGAUGGAUCGAAAGACUCUGUUUUGCAAGUGAACAAAAGGGAUUACGUGACUUGCAACACAUCGAGCCCAAUCGCAGCAUACAGAGAUGGAGACACGAAGGUGAAGCUGAACGAAUCAGGGCCUCACUAUUUCAUCAGUGGGGCAGUGGAUCAUUGUGAAUAUGGUCAGAAAAUGAUCGUUGUGGUUCUGUCUGAAGAGCACAGCAGGAUUGUUCCUUCUCCAGCUCCUUCCCCUGUUCAACAAGAGUUCCAGAGUCCUGCCAUGCCUCCUGUUAGCAGAGCUUCAAGCUUAGCAGGAGGAUGUAGCUUAAUAGGGAUGCUAAUGGUGGGUUUAAUCGCUGGGAUCAUCUCGUCCGGCUUGUUCUAGAUUUUGAUUUGUUGGUAAUUUAGUUAAUUUGGCAGUGUGGUGGGGGGGAUUACAAAAGGGAUUUUGAGUUCGUCCCAACAAUUUCGAAUUUGUAUUCUUUGAUUUAUUCUAUUUCAUUUGUUAUUGAAGAAGAAGAGCAAUUUUGUUUUUUGCAAACUAAUUUUGGCUAUGGUCACAUUUAUCAGCACC